AUGCCGGUCACACCACCAUUGCCAGUCGCCAGAAUCUCUCUUGUGUCCCGGCAGAGGCCCAGGCGGCCAGCACGAGCAGUGGGGACCAUGUUCCGACUCAAACUCACGGCCCUGGACUACCACAACCCUGCAGGCUUCAACUGCAAAGAUGAAACAGAAUUUAGAAACUUUAUUAUUCAGGAGCAACAGGAAGCAAUUGACUGGCUUCUUGGUUUAGCUGUUAGACUUGAAUAUGGAGAUAAUACUGAAAAAUACAAGGACUUAGUACCCGAUAACAGGAAAAGUAAUGACAACACAGCCAAAAAUGCAGAGCCAUUGAUCAACCUGGAUGUAAAUAAUCCUGAUUUUAAGGCUGGUGUCAUGGCUCUGGCUAACCUCCUUCAGAUUCAGCGUCAUGAUGAUUACUUGGUAAUGCUUAAGGCAAUUUGCAUUUUGGUUCAGGAGCGUCUAACACAGGAUGCAGUUGCUAAAGCCAAUCAAACGAAAGAGGGCUUACCUGUUGCUUUAGACAAACAUAUUCUUGGCUUUGACACAGGAGAUGCAGUUCUGAACGAAGCUGCUCAGAUCUUGCGAUUGCUGCACAUAGAAGAGCUCAGAGAACUACAGACGAAAAUUAAUGAAGCCAUAGUAGCUGUUCAGGCAAUCAUUGCUGACCCAAAGACGGACCACAGACUGGGGAAAGUCGGAAGAUGAGCACAUCAGGAUUUCAGCUUCUCGCCUGCCUAGUGUGAGGGGAACCAUGUGCAUAGGCAUGUGUUUGGAAAUCAAAUGUCACAUUUUCGAGGGAGGAAUCCCAGGAAAUUGGCCGUGUUCUAGAGAUUUACCACCAUUGCUUUUUUUUUUCUUUAAUAAAGUUGGGGAAAGUA